GGCGGGGCUUCAUUGCGGCGGGCAGCUCGGGGACGGUGUACUUCUUCGACCCGCCCAGCGUGGAGCAGAAGAGGGCGGGCGUCCGUGAUCUCUACGUGCUGGUCCGCCGCCUGGCAGUGGACCUCCCACACGGACCCGAACCACCAGCCAUGGGGCCAGCAGGACCCAUGGGUCCGCCGGGACCCAUGGGUCGCUCCUACCGCUUCCCAGGCCUGGGCUUUGGCUACAACUUCAGCUGCGGCCUGUCCCACCCCGCCUCCGCCACCUCCACCCCGGGUUGCAACAACAACCCCGCUGCUGCUGCCGCUGCUGCUGCUGCCGCACCUAGUCCCGCUCGCGCGCUGGUGCGGCUGAGUGUGUCGCCCGACGAGGGGGAGGUGGUGGCGGUGAGCGGCGGCGGGGAUGUGAUGGUUGCCAACAUGGCGGUGGUGGCGGAGCGGGAGGAGCGGCCCAUUGCGGGGCUGGUGGGGCCGGAGCUGCUGGAAGGCGAGCCCUUCCGCCGGCUGCUGGGCGGCUUCCUCACCCGCCGCAUCAUCGGGCUGGCGGCGGCAUCCGCGGUGCCGCUGCUGGCGGCGGCGUCGGCGGAUGACCGGCAGUUGCGAGUGUGGAACUACGAGUCCCGCCGCUGCCUGCUCAGCCUGGCGCUCGACGAGGAGCUGCUGGCGCUGGACAUGCACCCGGGGGGGCAGCUGCUGCUGGCGGGCAUGUACGACAAGAUCCGGCUGUACGGCAUCAUGCUGGACGCCCUAGAGCUGGUGUUCGAGGCUCCCCUCAAGCGCGCCGCCCUGGUCCGCUUCUCCACGGGCGGUGCGCUGUUCGCGGCUGUGGGUCGCACCAACGCCAUCUCCCUGCACGCCACCUACCACGGCUCGCCCCCCCUGGCGGCGCUCAAGGGGCACGCGGCGGCGGUGACGGACCUGGCGUUCGCGGCGGAUGACCGGUUGCUGGUGUCGGCGGGGCUGGGGGGCGCACUCUACUUCUGGGACCUGAAGACCUACACCCGCAUCAUGGAGUACGAGUGUGUGGACAAGCAGGCGGUGUACACCUCGGUGACCAUGUACAACCAGGAACCAGGCGGUGCAGUGGUGCGAACAAUGGACGGCAGGGCGCGACAGAUCCUGUCCGGGCGGGUGGAGUACGAGGUGGCCUGCCGCGGCGGCCCCUCCGCCCCCGCCUGCCUGCUGGGGGCUGACCGCGUGCUGCUGGCGGCGGACGACACGGGGGCGGUGGUGUCGUACACCUGGCCGCCCGACAUGCCGCCGCGGCCGGGCUUUGCGGCGCUGGCUCCUCCGCCGCACCCCUACCCGCUGCACAGUGCGGUGGGGGGCGGGAUCUGUCGCAUGGUGCUGGUACCCUCGCGCGGGCUGCUGUUCACCGCGAGCUGCGACGGCAGCAUCCUCAUGAGCUCCGUGGCCCUGGUGCUGGACGGGCUGCUGCUGGAGGCGGCGCAGCAGGGGGGGCGGCACUUCAGGAUAACACACUCGCCGCUGCAACACCUCAUGUCGGCUGCAGCAGGGGGGGCGGGGCCGGGGGUUGCGGGGGUUGCAGGAGGCGCCGGGGGCGCCGGGGGCAGCACCGGGGGAGCUGGAGGCGUGGGAGGAGGAGGAGGGGGCGGAGGCGGUAUGGGGGGUACGCUGCAUGCGGGUAGUGCCCCCACUCCCUCCUCCGCCGCCUCCACCGCGCCCCCCUCCUCCCCCGCCGCCCUGCCCUUCUACGUGACGGUGCCGGAGGACCGGCUGGUGGCGCUGCGGGAGCGGGUGGUGGAGGUGGCGAUGAUGGUGGGCAGUGCGCGGAGCGAGGCGGAGUACCAGGUGUCAGGCCUUCCGCGCCGCCCAGGUCCUGCGCGACGCCAUCAGCCGGCUGGAGGGCGAGCUGGCUGCCGCUCGGGGUGCGGUGACGGAGCGGGAGGAGCGCAUCGCGAGGCUGCAGGCGGACACGGCGCUGCUGGAGAGGAGGGUGGUCAAGGAGCUGGAGGGCGCCCACAUGAGUGCUGCGGAGGAGCUGGAGGCGCUGUAUGAAAGGAGGCUGCAGGUGGAGGCUGAGAAGCUGCGCCAGCUGGCCGCAGCCCGCGACGACGUGCAGUACCGGGCGGAGGAGGCGGUGCGGCGCAUGCAGGAGGCGCACCAGCGGGAGCUGCAGGACCUGCGCACCGCCCACCGUAUCGCGAUGGAGGGUAUGGCGGGGCGGCUGGCGGCGGCGGAGGCGGCACGGCAGGAGCAGGACCGGUUCUUCAACGAGUAUGUGAAGCAGGCCGAGGAGGACUUCGAGGACCACUCCGACCGCAUCAAUGAGCGCAUCACCGCCCUCACCGACGCGGCGGAGGCGCGGGAGCAGCGGCUCAAGGCGGACAACAACAUCCUCAAGAGGACCAACCUGAGGCUCAAGGCCGACAAGACGCUGGACCUCAAACGCAGCGAGAAGCUGGCCACCGACAACGCGGCGCUGCGGGAGCAGUGCGAGGAGCUGCGACUCACCAUCUCCAAGCUGACUCGCGAGCUGGAGGAGCGCGACGCAGUGAACGCGGACAACUACGCAACCAACCAGUCGCUGCGGCGGAAGGUGCAGGACCUGGACAAGCACAAGUUCGUGCUCACGUACAAGGCUGAGACGCUGGCCAAGCAGCUCGAGCCGCAGGAGAAGGAGAUCGAGCGGCUGCAGGACGAGCUGGAGGGCCACGACAAGGAGCUGCUGGGCCAAAUGGGCCGCCUGCAAAUCCUCUCCCGCCACGUCGCCGAAAAGGACACCUCCCUACGCAUGCUAAAAACCGAAAACGCCGCCCUCAAACGCCGCGUCACCCAACAAGACACCGCCAUCUCCGCCUUCAGCCAGGACCUCUACGCCGCCAUGCAACAGCCCGAUGACCGGACCGUGCACGGCAGGUCCGCACGUCAAAAGGCGCUGGACGAGCUGGUGCGGACAUACUGCCUGGGUGACCCGCGGGUCGGCGCCAGCCGCGAUGCCACUGCCGAGGCGGUUGCGCAGGCUGCUGCUGCGGAGACGCGGGUGGUGCUGCUGCAGUGGCGGUUGGAUCAGGACGCGAGGACGGCGAGGGCGACGUUACGGAGUACUCUGCACCAGAACAGCCAGCUGCUGCGGGAGCUGCAGGUGGCCCAGGAGGACAACCGCGCGCUCCGUGACAAGGUGGAUGCGGCGGUGGUGGCGCUGCGGGAGCUGCAGGGGCGCUACUACAUGCUGGAGCGGAGGGCGGGGCUGAGGGGGGGAGGGGCAGGUGGAGGAGGUGGAGGCAGCAGUGUGGGGGAGGGGGAGGACGCCUACGCGGCCUUUGCAGUGGAUGGGGAUGAGGAGGAGGAGGAGGGGGGACUGCCGCCGGCUGCCGCCACUGCUGCUGCCAGCAUAAUGAGCAUGGCGGGGAGAGCUGGCGGAGGCGGCGGGGCAGGCGGGGCAGCGAGCCGGUUGCUGUCGUCACUGUCGCCCUCCGGUGCCGCCGCCGCUGCCCUCGCCGCCGCCGUCGCCGCGGGGCCACUGGCGCGACCCAGCACCGCCCUCCCCAGCCAGAACCACCACAAACGCAUCGCCAAUGCUCCUCCUGCCUCCGUCGGCGCCGCUUCCACCGCCGCCACCAGCCGUACCUCCGCCUCCGCCUCCACCGCUGCCGCCGCUGCGGUCACCCAAUCCCGGCCCAUUUCCGCCGGUUGGGGUAUGUUCCGCGCGCAACCAGGCGGCGGCGGCAGUGGCGGUGCGCCUCAUACCCACACCCACUCCCACCCCGCCGCCUCGCACCACCACCACCACCCGACCCACGGGUCACCCCUGCCCUCUCCCGCUGCACCCGGUGGCGCCGUCAGUACGGUGUCUCGCGGGGCUCCGCUGCGUGCCUUUGCUGAGCUGAUCAGCUCGGAGCGGCAGCGCAUGGCGGAGCUGGCGGUGCAGCUGCAGAGCAAUGCGGCGGCGGCGGAGGCGCAGCAGCGGGCGCUGGUGGGGUUGAGAGAGCACUUGGCGGCUAGCAUGGGGGC